GGUUUUCUGCUUUGUACCUCUUCACGUUCAGUUCUUCGGAGCGUUGUGUUGUCGGUUUUUAUUAUCCUUAGCUUUAAUUGAAAAUAAUUGGACAUUGUUACAAUCCAAAACAGUCCUUUUUUGUCAAGAUUAUGGUCGAGGAGACGAUUUACUCGAGCAAGCCGAAGAUAUUUUAAGGAAGAGCUGAAAAGUUGUUUAAAGCCAACAUGGAGGGUGAACAUGACGAAAUGAAACCACCAGAAUUUUUUAAUUCUGAAAACGGGUCUGAAGGGCCCUCGAUGGAUCCACCUGGUUUUUUCAGUAUGCAAGAAGAACAUAGUGACCUUGGCGACGGGCCACCAGGUGUUGGUCCGUUACCACCUCAUCCGACUGCGCCGCCAAAUAUGUUUCCGCCUCCUCCUCCUCCACCAGGAAGUAUGCCCCCGAUGAUGUCUGGAAUGUCACAGCCACCGCCGAUGCCUAACAUGAUGGCUCCGCCUCCUCCAGGGAUGGGCCCUAUGCCUCCUGGUAUGGCACCUCCUGGAAUGGGACCGCCAAUGAGCCAAGUGCCUCCUGGAAUGGGACAACCACCACCGGGUAUUAAUCAUCUACCACCUGGAAUGAACCAACCACCGCCUGGGAUGAACCAACCCCCUCAACCCCCUGGCACGAUGGGUCCUCCCAAUAUGAAUAUGAUGGGUCCCCCUCCAGGCAUGGGUCAGCCUCCUCCACAAAUGCAAAACAUGCAGAUGAUUGACAAUAAUGGCCCACCAGGGGAGGAGGAUCAACCGUUGCCUUCACUUAUGAAUAUUCAUAUUGAACCUCCCAUGGGGAUGCAAGAUAAAGAUCAAAAGCUACCUCACGCUUUAGAAAAAGUACUUACUUUUAAGACACAGAGAGCUAAUGAACUUGGGGUCAUGCCAGAGCAUGAAGAUGUAGAAGAAACACAAGAAAACAACACACCUACCAUUCUUCAGUCAGCUUUUGAUGAUAUUGAAGAUUAUGAGGAUGAUGAUGAAAAAACGUCAAGGAAAGAUAAGAAGGAUUCUAGGAGGAAAUUGAAAAAUAAGAGGAAGAAAAAAAGGAAUAAAUCAUCUAAGAUCAAACUAAAAGAAGAAAAUGGAAAGGUGGACGAGGAAGAAAAGUCCAAAGAAGGUGAGGAAAAUCCAGAAGUAGAAGUGGAAUAUAUUCAAGAGAAGCUUAACAUUUUUGAACUAGAACCUGUCUAUCGUAGUUUUGCAAGAGUUUUUGACAUAUUUAGAAUAGCCGAGCCAUCACAAACUCCAGAUAUCAGUAAAGAAAUUGCGGCUGCGACUGUUUUAGGGACUAAACGAACAGAUUUAACGAAAGUACCAAAAUUGCCAGAAGAUGAUGAUAUGGAAGAAAAUGCUGAAGGCAAAGAAGAGAAACCCAAAUUGUCUAAGAGAAAAUUAAAGAAAUUGACAAGGUUGAGUAUUGCUGAAUUGAAGCAACUUGUUAGUCGCCCUGAUGUAGUAGAAAUGCAUGAUGUAACAGCCAGAGAUCCAAAGUUACUCGUUCAGCUGAAAGCUCAUAGAAACACUGUACCUGUCCCACGUCAUUGGUGUUUUAAAAGAAAAUAUUUACAAGGAAAACGUGGUAUAGAAAAACCACCUUUCGACUUGCCUGAUUUUAUUAAAAGAACAGGUAUCAUGGAGAUGAGGUCCUCUCUUCAAGAUAAAGAAGAACAAAGGACAUUAAAAGCAAAGAUGAGGGAAAGGGCAAGACCAAAAAUGGGAAAAAUUGAUAUUGAUUAUCAGAAAUUGCAUGAUGCAUUUUUUAAAUGGCAGACAAAACCUAGACUUACAAUUCAUGGAGAUUUGUAUUAUGAGGGUAAGGAAUAUGAGACACGUUUAAAAGAGAAAAAACCUGGAGAUUUAUCAGCAGAACUUAGGAACGCUUUAGGUAUGCCUGUAGGGCCAAGUGCCCAUAAAGUCCCACCACCAUGGCUUAUUGCCAUGCAGAGGUACGGACCACCUCCGUCUUACCCAAAUUUAAAAAUACCUGGUCUAAACUGUCCUAUUCCUGAAGGAUGCUCAUUUGGAUACCAUGCAGGAGGUUGGGGGAAACCACCUGUUGACGAAACUGGUAAACCUUUAUAUGGUGAUGUAUUUGCUACGCAACACAAUGCAAACGAUAUUAAAUUAGAUGAUGAUGAAGUAGAAAAAACUACCUGGGGAGAAUUAGAAUCAGACAGUGAAGAAGAGAGCGAGGAAGAGGAGGAAGAAGAGGAACAGCAAAAAGAUGAAACAGGCCUUAUUACACCUUCUGAGGGUCUCAUUACACCUUCAGGCAUUGCCUCGAUUCCAACUGGAAUGGAAACACCUGACAUAAUAGAACUCAGAAAGAAGAAAAUUGAAGCUGAAAUGGAAGGUGGAGACACUCCGGCUCUGUAUCAAGUCUUGGCUGAAAAGAGGGUAGACAGGCUUGGAAAUUCGAUGAUGGCUUCAACACACGUCUAUGAUAUGACGCAAACGGGUGGCGCCCCACCAAUAGCAAGCAAUGUGCAGGCUUCUGCUCCGAGGAGAGACACCGUAGAACUUGCUCUUGACCCCUCAGAACUUGAUCUCGACACAGAUGCAAUGGCUGCUCGCUACGAGCAACAAAUGCGAGAACAACAAUCACACCUUCAGAAAGAAGAUCUUUCGGAUAUGUUGGCUGAGCACGUCCAAAGACAGAAAAACAAAAGAAAAAAACAACAGUCGCAGGAAGGAAAACCAACAAAAAAAUACAAAGAAUUCAAGUUUUAAAUAUCCACGUUUUCUCUUCCUGGUGUACAGAA